UUCUCGUUGUGUGUGUGUGUGUGUGUGUGUGUGUGUGUGUGUGUGUGUGUGUGUGUUCGGCUGUAAACAAAAUCUGCCAUGUAGCGCGUUCAAUCUGCGCUCUUUCUCUCCACGCAGUCGCUCUUGUAUGAGCGAGCAGGCGUCGUUGUUUUUUUGGGCCGUGUUGGUCCUCCGUAAGCGGUGGUUGAUUAGCUCUCGGUGUAUUUAGUAGCAUGCUCGCGGCGGCGUUGGAGCUGAAGACGGAGCUCCGCCCGGCCGUGUGACAGCAGCCUCGUUUCCCGGGGCAGUGAUGGCCGCACCUGCUGAACACGAUCUCACCUUGGCGGAGGCGGAAUCCAGUAGAGACAGAUCGCAGGUUUUCGGGAUUCUUCGGCUGCAGGAGGAGAGUAAAUGCGGCGCGGAGAAAAGCCCGAGCUGCACCGGUGCUAGCAGCAGUAAUAGCAGUAGGAUAGACGGGAGAUGGCAGGCGCCCAUAUUCGCGCUGGCUCGGAAAGCCUCCGAAACGCUUUCAAGCGGAAUUCACGUCCUGCCCAAAGUGGCUGAGCCGAAAGUGUGCCCUUUUUCAGAGGAAUGGAGCGCCAAGGCCUUUCGGGAUCCAAUGGCUAUGGAGAGGGCCAACUUGCUCAACAUGGCUAAGCUUAGCAUUAAAGGGCUGAUUGAGUCGGCGCUGAGCUUUGGUCGUACGCUGGACUCCGAUUAUCCCCCACUGCAGCAGUUCUUUGUGGUCAUGGAGCACUGUCUGAAACACGGCCUUAAAGUGAAGAAGACGUUUCUUGGAUACAACAAGUCGCUGUGGGGGCCUCUGGAGAUGGUGGAGAAGCUCUGCCCAGAGGCAGCGGAGAUUGCAGCCAGUGUUCGAGACUUACCCGGCCUCAAGACCCCACUGGGCCGAGCGAGGGCUUGGCUGCGACUGGCACUGAUGCAGAAGAGAUUAGCAGACUACCUGCGUGUACUUAUCACAAGGAAAGACAUACUGAGUGAUUUCUAUGAAAGCUCAGCAGUCAUGCUAGAGGAGGAGGGAGCUGUCAUCGUUGGUCUCCUGGUGGGACUCAACGUCAUCGAUGCCAACCUGUGUGUGAAGGGCGAGGACCUGGACACCCAAGUUGGGGUGAUUGACUUCUCCAUGUACUUAAAAAAUGAUAUUGAUGACUACAGAAGUGAAGAAAGAAAUGGUCAAAUUGCUGCAAUAUUGGACCAGAAGAACUACGUUGAAGAAUUAAACAGGCAGCUCAAUUCCACUGUUCAAGGUCUGCAAGGUCGUGUGGACUCACUAGAGAAAUCAAAUUCGAAACUCAUUGAGGAGCUGGCAAUAGCGAAAAACAACAUCAUCAAACUACAGGAAGAGAACCACCAACUAAGAAACGAGAACUCGUUAAUUAUCAUGAAGGCUCACCAGCGCCUUGAGGUGACACAGGGGGACGUAAACUGUGAGCUGGACACCUAUAAACAGUCCAGGCAGGGCCUGGACGAAAUGUACAACGAGGCACGGAGGCAGCUUAAGGAGGAGUGUCAGCUCCGACAGACCUGCUCACACUGGUUCCCAGUUGAGGAUGUGGAAAAUGAGCUGGUGGUGCAGGUUAGCAUGAAGCAGGAGAUGGAACUGGCUAUGAAGCUGUUAGAGAAGGACAUCCAUGAAAAACAGGACACGUUGAUCGGACUUCGGCAUCAACUAGACGAAGUUAAAGCCAUCAAUGUGGAAAUGUACCAGAAAAUGCAGACAUCUGACGAUGGCAUGAAGCAGAAGAAUGACAUGAUCGCACGCCUGGAGGAGAAGACCAAUCAGAUAACAGCUACGAUGAAACAGCUAGAGCAAAGUGAUAAAGAUCUGCUCAGCCAGACGCGAACUCUCGCCAUGUCAUUCGUAAAAUGUGCCAGUACAGAUACAGAACAUCAAUUGCAGGAAGCGGAGAAGGAGCGACUCAGCACAGAGGAUGGAGUACGCCGAUUCAAGCAGGACUUUGCCAACAAAGCAGACAGCCUCCAAAAGCAGAUUGCUCAAAGAGAGAAGCAGAUGAUGCAGCUGGAAACAGACUUGAAAAUCGAGAGGGAGUGGAGGCAAACUCUGCAAAACGACUUGGAAAAAGAACAAGAGACCGUCGGCUUACUUAGGACUGAAGCACAGAAUAUUAUUGUGCUCAAGAAGGAGUUUCACAGAUUGCAGGAUGAGAACACACAGCUCAAGGGGAUUUGUGUGGAACAAGAAAAGGCACUUGAAGAGCUAGGUUGCAAACUUAGCGAGUCAAAAAUGAAAAUUGAGGACAUAAAGGAAGCCAAUAAAGCCCUUCAGGGCGGGCAGGUAUGGCUUAAGGACAAAGAUGCCACACACUGCAAACUUUGUGAGAAAGAGUUCUCCAUCUCAAGGAGGAAGCAUCAUUGUAGGAACUGCGGCGAAAUCUUCUGCAACGCUUGCUCAGAUAACGAGUUACCCCUCCCUGCUUCCCCGAAGCCUGUGCGAGUGUGUGAUACGUGCCAUGCCCUACUCCUCCAGCGCUGCUCCUCCAAUGCCACAUAAGACGUACACAACGAUGUGUGCUGACCAAGCGACCAGCUUCAGCUUUAACUCAAGAGUGCCGUGAUUUUCUGCAGUGUGUCAAGCUGUAACACAAGUGACCAAAAUGGCUGUUUCCCAGUGUUUGAAGUUUACAUUUCACACAGCGGUUUCCCCAGUGGACAGCAUGGUAGCUGUUUAAAUGAAAGUGCCCAGUAAAGGAUGUAAGUAUGCAGAACAUACUUUUUUUCCCCCACCCAAAUAGUCAAUUGCCUUUCAGCACUACAACUGAGCAGCACUAAAGUGUACUAAUACUCAAACUGGUGAACGACAUUCCAGUCUCUGUUCUGAGGAAUGCAGGGUGAACAGUACAUACUUUGUAUAGUGUUAAAAAAAUGACAAACUGUAUUAUGGAAAUACGGUGGGGAUUUUAUUUAAGCGUAUUUUCUAUUAAAAUGACUGUGUGCCUGUGUCUGAGACACACCAUGCCUCUUGAAUAGGCAAAGUAAUGUUUUUUAAGGCACUAAUGUUUUCAAUGCUGCUCAAGUUCGGAUCCAUGAAAUAGUCACGAUGUCCUGAACAAAGUAUUAUUGCACACUAUACUACAUUACAGGCUGUGCUCAGAUGCCAAGAUGUUUCAUAAAGUGCAGCUACAGACUGCUUCCUGCCUUGAAUGUUUUAUUGUUCAUUCUAAUGAGUUUAAAUGUAAACUGUUAUGGAAACAGUUGUUAAAAUGUGUAUGAAACCAUAAUCAUUUCUUUAAUCACUAAAGCAAAUACUUACA